AUGAUCGAGCGACGUCGCCUCCCUUCUGCGUCGUAUCAUUCGCCUGUUGACGAUGAAUGCUGGUCUCAAUGUCUGUUCGCUGAACAGCCAGUUGUGAUCAUUGGUGAAAAUCGUGACGCGACGCAAAUUGCGCGACAUGUCGCAAAUAAGCAGCCUGGUGCAUCUCCGUUUUUUGUCAUGGACAUGCCGUCAGUGAUGACGCGUGUCGACGAUUGGCAAGAACAUCUACCACGAGUCCAGGCUUACUACGCUCUUCGUUGCAACGCAGAUCCAGUGCUGGCCAGGAUGCUCGCCGAUUCUGCACAGCUAGGAUUUGCUGUUACUGAUGCGCAACAACUUGCCAUGGCCCUCGAACUUGUUUCACCCGAUCGAAUCAUCUUUGAUUGUCCACUAUGGACUCGUAAAAUAAUGAGAAUUGCUGGAGAGUUCGAAGUUGGCACGAUUGUUAUUGAAAAUGAAAAACAACUUCUGGAUGCGAUCAGCUAUGCACCAAAUGCGCGCAUCUUGCUUGCCAUUUCCACGAACGGACACAGAGGUGACAACGAUUCGCUUUCGGCUGGAAAAGGUGCUGAUCGUGAAGAGAUGGAGGGACUGUUGAUGACUGCGUUUGAACUUCGUGCAAAAGUUGUUGGAAUCAGCUUCAAUCUUGGUUCCGCCACCUCUGCAUCCGUCUACUACAAAGUUCUUCACGAAGUAUAUGAGUUGUUCACUUUUGCAAAUCGAAUUGGUCUCGAACUGAACACCAUCAACCUCGGAGGUGGAUUCCCAGCUAGUAAUGUGGAUAAAGCACAACGCUUCCCAGAGAUGUGCGAUGUGAUCAACUCAGGUCUCGACCAGUUAUUUUGGAGCAGAGAGUUUCCGCAGCUCAACGUAGUUGCCACACCUGGAAGGUACUUCGCUGCUGCGGCAUUUGUGCUCUGUACGAAUGUUAUUGGCAAACAAGCUUUGGAAGCUCGCUACAUCACCAAAGAUGAUUUUGACGAUGGUGUUGGAUUCGUCUAUCAAACAAAUGACAGUGUUUAUGGUUCGUUCGGUUGUGUACUGAUGAACUCUCAUCCAGAGUGUAUUCCACUAGACGACGUCGCCGAUGCCCCGCAGCACUUCGGCACUGUGCUUGGCGCCUCGCUCGAACCAGGUGACGUCGCACAAUCGCUGAUCCGUUGUCGUCAACUCUGUGUUGGCGAUUGGCUGCUCUGGAGAGAUGCUGGAGCGUAUACGAUGCCGCUCGAUGCCGAACAUGCGGUACCGCCGGUGUACUACUUCGCCGGUAGUGAUAAGUGGGAGCGUAUUAUUGGAAUUCAUAAUAAGGCGACAAGCGCCUACACGAACGAUAGCGCUUGUAACAGCUCGGAUGCAAUGGAAACAGCAUCCGACGGAGCAUCUGACGUGGAGAGUCUCGACGACGAUAACGAAGACUUGACGGAGUGCUUCGACCGUGUUUUCUACUACUCGCAGUAA